AUGGAGCAGAGCAAUGCCAGGGCUGCUAUAAAAGCCCAGCCUGAGCCAGAGUGGAGCAAGCAGUGCCCUGGCCACCUUCUCCUCCUCGGGAACAAGGCUGCCCUCUCUUGCAGAGCACCCUCGCAUCCCACUAAGAUGUCCUGCUACGACCUGUGCCCACCCAGGACCAGCGCUGACCUCUGCCCAGUGCCCAGGACCAGCGUGGCUGUGCCCCAGCCCAUCGCUGAGAGCUGCAACGAGCUGUGCGCCCGCCAGUGCCCUGACUCGUCUGCCUUCAUCCAGCCCCCGCCCGUGGUGGUCACCUUCCCCGGCCCCAUCCUCAGCUCCUUCCCCCAGCAGGCCGUGGUGGGCUCCUCUGGAGCACCGGCCUUUGGUGGCUCCCUGGGGCUGGGCGGCCUCUAUGGCGCCUGCGCCACCCAGGCCUCGGGGGGCCUCUGCACCUUUGGCAGAGCCUACGCUGCUCCCGCCUGCAGCCCUUGUGCCCUGCCCCGCUACAGCAAGAAGCUCUGGGACACCUGCGGGCCCUGCUAG